AUGUACGUCGUCAAACGCGAUGGACGUCAGGAGCCGGUGCACUUCGAUAAGAUCACCGCGCGCAUCAACAAGCUCGCGUACGGGCUCAACCAGGACCACUGCGACCCGGUCCUCGUCGCGCAGAAGGUCGCAAGCGGCGUGUACAAGGGCGUCACGACGUCCGAGCUCGACGAGCUCGCGGCGGAGACCGCGGCGUCCAUGACGUCCAAGCACCCAGACUACGCGCAGCUCGCCGCGCGCAUCGCGGUGUCCAACCUGCACAAGAACACGCUCAAGUCGUUCUCGGAGACGAUGAAAGUGAUGCACGAGCACGUGAACAAGAGGAACGGGAAGUGGUCACCGCUGCUCGCAGAUGACGUGUACGAGAUCAUCAAAGCGAACGCCGCGACGUUCGACGCGGAGAUCGUCUACGACCGCGACUUCGACUACGACUACUUCGGGUACAAGACCCUCGAGCGAUCGUACCUCCUUCGCGUGGACGGCAAGAUCGUUGAACGCCCGCAGCAUCUCCUCAUGCGCGUCGCGAUCGGCAUCCACAAGGACGUCGAGAAGGCGAUCGACACGUACCACAUGCUCUCCGAACGCUGGAUGACUCACGCGUCGCCGACGCUCUUCAACUCCGGCACGCCGCGGCCGCAGUUGUCUUCGUGCUUCCUCAUCGCGAUGAAAGAGGACAGCAUCGAGGGCAUCUACGACACCCUGAAAGAGUGCGCGUGCAUUUCCAAGUCCGCGGGCGGGAUCGGCCUCUCCAUCCACGACAUUCGCGCGACGUCGUCCUACAUUCGCGGCACGAACGGGACGUCCAACGGGAUCAUCCCGAUGCUUCGUGUGUUCAACGACACCGCACGGUACGUCGACCAGGGCGGCGGCAAACGCAAGGGCGCGUUCGCGGUGUACCUCGAGCCAUGGCACGCGGACAUCUUCGACUGGCUCGACCUUCGUAAGAACCACGGCAAGGAGGAGGCGCGCGCGCGCGAUCUGUUUUACGGCCUCUGGACCAACGACCUCUUCAUGCGGCGCGUGGAGAGCAACGGUGACUGGACGCUGAUGUGCCCGAAUGAGUGCCCCGGCCUCGCGGACUCCUGGGGGGCGGAGUUUGAGAAGUUGUACACGUCGUACGAGGAACAAGGCAAGGGGAAGAAGACGAUCAAGGCGCAGCAGCUCUGGUUCGCCAUCCUCGAAGCGCAGGUCGAGACGGGUAACCCGUACAUGCUGUUCAAGGACGCGUGCAACUCCAAGUCGAACCAGCAGAACCUCGGGACGAUUCGCUCGUCGAACCUGUGCACGGAGAUCGUCGAGUUUACCUCCCCGGAGGAGACCGCGGUGUGCAACCUCGCGUCGAUCGCGCUCCCGCGGUUCGUGGUCGAGGAGAACCCGGCUUCGCCGACCGGCCGGACGGAGGCGAAGAAGCUCCGCGGCUCCCUCGGCGCGGCGUCCCGGACGUUCGAUCACGCGAAGCUCGCGGAGAUCACGCGAAAGGUGACGCGCAACUUGAACAGGAUCAUCGAUGUGAACUACUACCCGGUCGAGACCGCGCGGCGUUCGAACAUGCGCCACCGCCCGAUCGGCCUCGGCGUGCAAGGCCUCGCGGACGUGUUCAUCCUCCUCGGCCUCGCGUUUGACUCCCCGGAGGCACAGAAGCUCAACGCGGAGAUCUUCGAGACGAUAUACUUCGCGGCGCUGACCGAGUCCAACGCUAUCGCGGCCGUGGACGGGCACUACGAGACGUACCCGGGAUCUCCCGUGAGCAAGGGCAUCCUUCAACCGGACAUGUGGGGCGUCACGGAGAUGCCCGGCGGCGACCGCCACGACUGGGCCGCGCUCAGGGCGAAGAUCGCGACGUCUGGCGUUCGAAACUCUCUGCUCGUCGCGCCGAUGCCGACGGCGUCGACGUCGCAGAUUCUCGGCAACAACGAGUGCUUCGAGCCGUACACGUCGAACAUCUACGCGAGAAGAGUCCUCAGCGGCGAGUUCACGGUCGUGAACCAGCACCUCCUGAACGACCUCACCGAGCUCGGUCUGUGGGACCCGAAGCUCAAGAACGAGCUCAUCGCGAACAACGGCUCCGUGCAAGGGCUGGACAUCCCGGACCACCUCAAGGCGAUCUACAAGACGGUGUGGGAGAUCAAGCAGCGCGUUCUCGUGGACAUGGCCGCGGACCGCGGCGCGUUCAUCGACCAGUCCCAGUCGUUCAACGUGCACAUGUCGGACGCCAACAGCGGAAAGCUCACGUCGCUUCACUUUUACGCGUGGAAGAAGGGGCUCAAGACCGGGAUGUACUACCUCCGGUCUCGAGCCGCCGCGGACGCGGUCAAGUUUACCGUGGACCAGGCCGGCAAGGGGAACGCGCAGAAAUCCGCGGAUCCGGACAUGGAGGAGGAGGCCAGAAUGGCCGCGAAGCUCGCGUGCUCGCUCGCGAACAAGGACGAGUGCGUCAUGUGCGGCGCGUAAACGACUACGACUACGACGACGACGACGACGCGCGGCGUCGCCUUUGCGGAUUCGGAGCGCGCGGACUGGACGGAACGGACGCCUCGGGUCGUUCCGUCCGGCGCGCGGACCGACCGACCCACCGUCCGACGCGCCCGCGCCCGCCCUUAAGCGGAGGGGGGGAACCGCCGACCAUCCCAUCUAUACAUAUGCACGCGCACGCGCGCGCGUCUCGUCGCCGCGUCGCGCUGAACGAAAAUAAACCAGAAGACGGAGCGGUGUAAUUCAUUAACUCUUGUUUA